AUGCUUCGACGCGUCGCGGCGGCGCUCGUCGCCUCCGCGGCGUCGACGUCUUCGGCGUCUGCUUCCACCGCGCGCGUCGCGUCGGACGCGGCGUCGCGCGCGUUCGCGGACGCGUCGCGCGACGCGCUCCUCGCGCGUCAUCUCGCCGCGUCGUCGUCGUCGUCGUUCGGACGGAGGGGCGCCGAGACCGCGACGGUCGCGUCGUCGUCGCUCUUGACGCGGCUGCAGCCGCCUCUCACCGCGCGCGGCGCGUCCGUCUUCUCGCGGCAUCUGUCCUCGAGCGGCGGCGCGCGCGGCGGCCCGCGUCCCGUCGUGACGCAUCGGAGCCACGACAAGCCGCGCGCGUCGUCGUCGUCGAAAACGCGGAAAACGUCGGAACCACCGGAACCUCCUCCUCGUCAUCGUCAGCUCAACCCGGAACCCGAGAUCGACGGCAUGCCGCGAUACCCCGAGCUCUCCAUCCCCGGCACGCUCCGCUUCCUCGACUACUUCGGCACCGCCUCGUUCGCGAUGACGGGCACGCUCGCGGCGGCGGCGAGAGGCAUGGAUCUCCUCGGGUGCGUCGUCGUCGGGACCAUCACUGCCGUCGGAGGCGGCACCGUGCGCGAUCUGCUCCUCGGCCGCGGCCGGCGCGCGUUCUGGAUGGAAGAGAUCGAGUACCUGUGGAUAUGUCUCGGCACCGGAGUGUUAACUUUUCUGUCGUGGCCGACGCUGCGGAGGGAGUUCGGCGUGGACGAGAGCGACUGGUGGGUGGAGGCGUGGGACGCGAUCGGCGUUGGCGCGUUUUGCGUCAUCGGCGCGCAAAACGGCAUACGAGCGGGGGUGCCUCUGCCCGCAGUGAUCGCGUGCGGGAUGUUCACCGCGACCUUCGGAGGCGUCAUCCGCGACGUCCUCAUGUCGCGACCGGUGCGCAUACUGCACUCGUACACGGACAUCUACGCCAGCGCCGCGCUGGGCGGGGCGAGCGCCGCGAGAAUUUUCGCGGGCGUCGCCGUCGCCGUCGGGUUGCGACAGCUGGCGACGCGUUUCGACGUGCGGUUGCCGACGUUCGGGGACGAUCGCGCGCGCGUCGCGGCGAUGUCGAAAGGCGACGACGGCGGGGGCGCGCGGCCGCCGUUGCGGGAGGUCGCGGACGCGGCGUGGAAGCUCUUAGGGCUGGCGGGGGGCGAAGAGGAGGAGGAGGAGGAGGACGCGUCGUCGCCGCCGCCGCCGCCGCCGCGCCGCGGCGUCUUCGGUCGAGGGUGA